GGCCGCGAGGCCUCCACGCCCAAGCAGGGCCAGCGGAAGAACUCGGCCGCGGAUCCUCGGGAGGACCACGUCCCCAGGGGCUCUCGGUGGCCGGGCGGAUGGAGCUGAGGGUUGGGCCUCCCCCCUCGUCCCUCGCCGCCGUCCCUCUGCCGCCCUCGGACAGCCUCUCCAGCGGCCUCGACUCUCUGAGCCUGGCCGCCGACGGCGGCAGCUCGCUGGGCUCGGACUCCGAGAUCAAUGGCGGUGAGGCCUCGCUCCCCAAUGCUGACCGAUAUGGCUUUGUCGGCGGAUCCAACUUCACCGGAGAGGCGGCACGAAUCCCGGCGGAGGUCAUCCGUGAACGGGAGAAGAAGUGGCUGGAGACCGAGCAAAACUGGGAGCGAUCGAUCACGCGGAGAUAUAAAAAGAUAAUGUUACGAUGUCGAAAAGGUAUUCCAUCUUCCAUGCGAUCCCGAAUUUGGCCACUGCUUUGUGGGGCUAAGUCACGGAUGCUUCAGAAUAAAAAUAUAUUUAAGGUGCUGGACGAGUCGGCUGGGGACCGGCAGUGGCUGGAAGCCAUCGAGAAGGACCUUCAUCGCCAGUUCCCCUUCCACGAGAUGUUCCUGUCGCGGGAAGGGACGGGCCAGCAGGACCUGUAUCGAGUUCUCAAAGCCUACACAGUCUACAAGCCUGAGGAGGGCUACUGCCAAGCACAGGGGCCGCUCGCCGCCGUUCUCCUCAUGCAGAUGCCCGCCGAGGAAGCUUUCUGGUGCCUGGUCCAGAUCUGCGAGCAUUAUGUCCCCGGUUACUAUAGCCAAGGCCUGGAGGCGGUGCACCUGGACGGGCAGGUGCUGGACGCCCUGCUGAAGAAGGUGAGCCCGGGGACGCACAGGCACCUGCGCAAGCACGAGGUGGACCCGGUGAUGUACAUGACGGAGUGGUUCAUGUGCCUGUACACGCGCACCCUGCCCUGGGCCACCAUGCUCAGGGUGUGGGACAUGUUCCUCAGUGAAGGGGUGAAGGUGAUCUUCAGGGUGGCCCUCUUCCUGCUGAAAGUGACGCUCGGCUCGGCGGACAAACUCAAGGACUGCCAGGGGCUCGUCGAGACACUGGAGCGGCUCCGGAACAUCCCGCAGCAUUACCUCCAGGACGACAUCCUCAUCCGGGAGGUGUCCGAACUCGGCAUCACGGACGCGGCCAUCGACCGGGAGACGUCCCGGCAGAGGAAGAAGAUGGCGAAGGCCGGCCGGAGCCCCCCCCACCUCGCCACCACCCGCCUGCACGGGGCCCGGGCCGUCUCCGAGUCGGUCCGCCGGCCGCCGCCCCUCGACACCCAUCCCCUGCCCCUCUUCGUGCCCUCGCCGGCGGCGGCGCCCCGCUCCCCGCCGGCCCCCGCCGUCCUCGUCUCGCCCCCCGCCGCCGCAGAGGACCCGCGGGGGAAGCCGGCCGGCAGGUCCAGGACCUUCUACGUCCGGCGGCCCUCCCGCCCCCCUCAGGUGCCGCCCCGGCGGGAGGGGGGCGGCGGCGGCGGCGGGCAGUGGGUGGCCGAGGAGGAGGGACGGGGGGUCCGUUCCAAACGGUUCUCCGAGCCCCUCUGCUCCGACACCUACUUUUGAGGGGGUGGAGGUGAUACUGAGGGGGGCUGGACCCUCCGAAUCCUCCCCCUUCCUCUCAAUCCUCCCUUCCACCUCCCUACCUCUCUUUACCCCCCUCUCCUCUCUUUCUGCAUUCCUCCCUGCUCUUUCUCCCCCUCUCCCCCACUUUCUACCCCUCGCUCUCCUCGCAACAGCCGCCGUCUCCCCCAUCCAUCUCUCUCCCCUCUCUCAGUCCCCUUCUACCCCAGUCUCUCCUCCCCCUCCCCAUCCAUCCCUCUCCCCUCUCUCAGUCCCCUUCUGCCCCAGUCUCUCCCCCUCCCCAUCCAUCCC